AUGAGAACUGACACAAGAGAAAAAUGUUCUGGUCUUAAUGAAUGUAGGCAAUCCUGUGGGAGAGCCACCAUUGUGGAGUACAGUAAAGUUCACAUGGCUAUGACACACCAUAAAUUUAAUGAAAGUGAGAUUAAUUUCAGUGAAAAGUCAUCCUUCAUUCAGUCUCAGAGAACUGUUAUAGAAAAGAGUGCAUUUGAAAGCAGUAAAUGUGAAGACAACUUUAGCCAGAGCUCAGCUCAUAUAGUAUGUCAGAAAACACAAACUGGAAGAGAUAAAUUCUGUGAAUAUAAUGGAUGCACAAAUACCUUCUACCAGAAAUUAGAACUUACAAUACAUCAGAUAACUCAUACAGAAGAGAAAUUCUGCUGUUCUGGUGAAUAUGGGAGAUGCAGGAAAUACUUUCACCAGAAAGCACACCUCAUUUGGUAUCAGAGGACCCACUCAGGGGAGAAACUUCAAUAUGAAGAAUGUGGGAAAUCCUUUUGUACAAGCUCACACUCUAUUCAGCAUUCUGGAGCUUAUGUGGGAUUCAGACUUUAUGAAUGUAAUGAAUGUGGGAAAACUUUCUGUCAGAAGUCAAACCUUAGUGAACAUGUGAGAAUUCACACAAAGGAGAAAACUUAUGGUAACAAUGACUGUGGAAAAUCUUACAGGUCACCCCCUU